CCCGGAUACCUCGGCGGCCCUCCUCUCUCUCUCUCUCUCUCGCUUCCCCUCCGGCCCCCAACCCCCGCGCGAUCUCCGACGCCGGCGUCCUGUCCGAGCUCCCUCCUUCUCCGGCGAGGCCAAACCCUAACCGAAAUACAUGGAGUCCUAGGGUUUCAGAGAAGGUCACUCGAUCGCUUUCUUUCUCUCUUUUUGGUUACGACAAAUCCUUCCUCCCCCACCCACUCCAACACUUUUAUUAUUAUUAUUUUUAUUUAGUUCGUCAUGCUCGCUGUUAAAAUGGAAGAACCGAAAGCAUAGUUCCUUAUCACCCCCCCAAAAAAAGCCUAGUUCCUUGACCAUCUUUCUUUGUAUCUGGAUCGAAUUCUGGAACCCUGGUCGCUUAGAAUUCCUGUGGAAACGAUCCUGGUUUCCGCUUCCUUCUACCUCUGGGUUUUUCUCGGAGAUCUAUUGGAUGUUCUUGGUCGACCUCAAUUCCGUCGAUUUCUCUACAUAUUUUAUUACCUAAUUCCAUUCUAAAAUCAUAUCCGAAUCCUCUCGGCUCCUUUUAGCGUGCAGAAUUAGACGCCGUCUCUGAAUCCUAUGAACUCUUAACUGGUUUUCUGUAGAAACGAGCUCGAAAACCCUAGAUUUUGAUCCGGAGAUUGGUGAACGGCUUCGAAUUUGCUCAGGGUUGUGGGAAUUUGGCGUAAAGUUCGGAUCUUGAUCGAUGGCGGAUUCGGAUAACGAUUCGGGAGGGCAGAACAACAGCAAUGCGGCGGGGGGCAGCGACUUCUUGUCCCCCAGGGAGCAGGACCGGUUCCUGCCGAUCGCCAACGUGAGCCGGAUCAUGAAGAAGGCUCUCCCGGCGAACGCCAAGAUCUCCAAGGACGCCAAGGAGACGGUCCAGGAGUGCGUCUCCGAGUUCAUCAGCUUCAUCACCGGCGAGGCCUCCGACAAGUGCCAGCGAGAGAAGCGCAAGACCGUCAACGGCGACGACCUCCUCUGGGCCAUGACCACCCUCGGCUUCGAGGACUACGUCGAGCCCCUCAAGGUCUACCUCCAAAAAUUCCGGGAGAUGGAGGGCGAGAAGGGCACCUCCUCGUCGUCCCAGUCCCAGCAGAAGGAGGGAAGCACUAGCGGCGCCAUCGGGAGCAAUGACGACGGCUUUAGCACCGGCGCCGGCGGCGGUGGCGUCGGAAUAUAUGGUGGUGGUGGUGGUGGAGGGAUGAUGAUGAUGAUGGGCCAGCAGAUGUAUGGGUCGCCGCCGUCAUCAUCGGCGUAUCACCAUCAGAUGGCAAUGGUUGGGAAAGGCAGUAUGGGGAGUGGUGGUGGUGGUGGUGGGAAUUCCUCCUCUUCUUCAGCUGGUCUUGGAAGGCAGGGCAGGAUAUGAUGUUAAAACUAUGUUGAUCUAUAGUUUAUGUUAGUGUUUUUGCUGUCUUUUAAUUGCUUGGGUUCUUGUCAACUUUUUCACCCCCCCUCCCUCUGUUUCUAGAGUCACAGUAAGGUGAUUUUGUCAAAGUAACAAUGGACUGAGAUGUGUAACAUAGUAUGUAGUCCUUGGAUGAUGGGGUUGGGUUGGUCUCUGAAUUCUCUGAUUGGGGAGUGAAAGGUGAUAUGUUGUAUAAUAUUACAAAUUUAUGCUGAUGAAUUGAAUCUACUUCAGUUGGAAAAACAAGGAAAUUUGAUUUA